GACUGCGGUCACGCUGUUUCGUAAGCAACACAAUUUUCGUUUACGACUAAACUUCGUUUGCUUAAAGAUAUAAUUAAAUAGUGGAGAAAUAGUGUACAGUUUGCAAUCAUGUCUAUGUCCAAGACAACCAAUACGUAUAAUCGUCAGAAUUGGGAGGAUGCGGAGUUCCCCAUUUUGUGCCAGACGUGCCUGGGCGACAAUCCCUAUGUGCGCAUGAUAAAAGAGCGUUUUGGCAAAGAAUGCAAAAUCUGCACGCGGCCGUUCACCAUAUUCCGUUGGUGUCCUGGUGCCCGAAUGCGUUUCAAAAAGACUGAGGUCUGCCAGACGUGUGCACGUCUCAAGAAUGUAUGCCAAACAUGCUUGCUGGAUCUGGAAUUCGGGCUCCCGAUUCAAGUGCGUGAUGCAGCCUUGAAGGUGGCUGACAACAUGCCACAGAGUGAUGUGAACAAGGAGUACUACAUUCAGAACAUCGAUGCCCAAUUGCAGGAUGGCGAUGGCACAGAGGCCGCCGGUGCUGUUGGUCGCUCCCUGGCAGCCAAUGAAAUGCUGUCGAAAUUGGCGCGCACUGCACCCUAUUAUAAGAGAAACAGACCGCAUAUCUGUUCAUUCUGGGUGAAGGGCGAGUGUAAGCGUGGCGAGGAGUGUCCCUACCGCCACGACAAGCCCAACGAACCUGAUGAUCCGUUGUGCGAGCAGAACAUCAAAGAUCGCUACUAUGGGCGUAAUGAUCCUGUGGCUGAGAAAAUUAUGAAACGUGCUGCGUCGUUGCCGACGCUAGAACCGCCCGAGGAUCGCAAUAUAACCACCUUGUAUGUGGGCAAUCUGCCUGAAGAGAUUACUGAGCCCGAAAUCCGCGAUCAAUUCUAUCAGUAUGGCGAAAUACGCUCCAUUGCGCUAGUGCCGCGCCAGCAAUGCUCCUUUGUGCAGUACACAAAACGCAGUGCCGCCGAAUUGGCUGCCGAACGCACCUUCAACAAACUGGUCAUUCAUGGUCGCAAAGUCAGCAUCAAGUGGGCCCAUUCCCAAGCCAAACAGGGCACAGCAGCAAAGACGGAUCGUCGCUUCGAUGUCGCCGGCAUUCCACCACCGAGUGCGAAGCCCAAUGAUUACUUCAAUCUGCGUCAGGAGCAAAUUAAUGUGAUGCCGGCGGGCAUGAAACUACAUCAGCUGCCCUCUAAUCUGGUACCUGCCUCUGCUUAUCAGAUGUACGCCCAACCCAGCUAUGCAGCGCCCUACAGUGGGCUCGGUGUGGCAAGCACGAGCGGAGCAGCAGCCGCAUCUGGAUCUGGAGCGGCGGCAUCAAAUGUGAAUCUCGAUUCCAUUCCUCCGCCGCCGGGGCAGAUACCGUAUCCUAGUCAGGAUGCUAGUCGCAUGGGCGCUCUAAAGAAAUAAUAUUUGAUGCAUCGACAAGCGGGAAUUUCGUUUUUAUUUUUGUAUAUGAAAGACAAAACCGUAAUAAAAAACAAAGUAGAAA